ACGGGAGGGAGUGAAUAUGAGGAGGGCUUCCCUGAAACGAGAGCCAUUGUUGACCCUGUCGCGAUGUUGUGGUUGGACUUUGCCUCGUCCGUUGCUGUAGCGGUCGUUGUUUGCCGUUUGGAUUAUUAUUAUCAUAACACAGUUACAUGUACAUUGUUUAUCUGCAUGUGUAUCUAAAACACAAACGAUUUAUGACCAGCUAUAUGCGGUGAUAGACGUGCGUACCGGCCGUUAAACACAAAGCAGUGAUUGAAUCCAAACGGGUAACACGGUAUUUUGAAGGCCAUGCCGUUCUUCAUCAGUGACCCCAAAAAAACCGAAGUUGCGAGACAAGAUAAACCGUACGGAUGCUUGUGUUCGCCAGGUUUCGUCAGGGUAAACGAAGACUCUGCUUGGACGUGAGAAUAGCAUGAACGUUCCACGGUGCAAUGACAUUAAUACUGGCUGCGUUUGCAUGAGUCAAAUGUUUGGUUUGGUUGAGUUGUCGAUCCUCUUACAAUGUAUGUAGGAUGUAAAGAAAAAUGUUUGUCGAAGUACGACGAAUGUCCUUGCAAACCAUGACAGUGCUUUAAAUAGGCCUACAAUUUCCAUUGUAUCGAUCGUUUGCCAAACUGGACUGUCACUGAUUCUAAGAAUGGGAUGCGGCAGUUCGAAGACGGCUGUGGAGCCGGGAAGCGAGUCGGAGAAACCACCUCUACUCGUCAGAGACGAGGACACAAGAAGGGGAGAGCAUAAAGAUGAAACCGGGAACUUUGAUGGUGAUCACGGAGACCACAUCGACGAGGACGGUACCCAUGGUCCCGUACAAGUGCCGCCAACGAAAGUGAACCUCAUUGCAAACGGUGAGGUUUGCGUCUCGCAAUCAGGAGUACCUCACGAGAAUGGGGAGGCUGGUGGCGAGAUGCAGCCCUCGAGCUUCGACGAAUCUCACGCAGCAGUGAAAAUUAACGAAAGAGGCUCGUUGCCAGAGGAACCUCACGCAACAGAGGAAAUUAACGAACCCUCCGAGGUAAGGAGACGUGUACUAUUCAUCACCACAGGCAUGCCUCGAACAGAAGAGGACGGCGAGAGCGCACCUCAAAGGCUUGAGCCUGGUGAGGUAACAUUAACCAAUGCUACAGACCGGCCCAUAUCAACUAAAUCAAAAGAAGACAAUGAUUGUGACCAUGAGGACCAAACCUCGAACCAAACCGGAACGAGGGGAGACAAUAACAACGAAGCUAUGGUAAAAACGGUGAACCUCGCAGUAGAUCAUGAUGUGGACACAUUCAAAACAGGAACCACUUCCAGAAAUACAAUGCCCGAACCUCAAAAGAGUAGCAACACACAAUCUAAACCUGCUGCAGAAAUAGAAAUUCCUGAAAACCUCUCCAAACUCAGUCAAAAGUCAGACGAGGUAGUCGCCUCGAACCACAAACCUCACAGUGCAAAAGGUAAUGCACCUUUUCCUAAAAAAUCUGAACCUCGGACGGAAGAAGAAAAUCUGGGUGACAACCUGACUCCCAUGUCACAUGACAAAUGGCCGAAAACGGAGCAGACCCUCAGCGUCGAACACGAAACGGUUGCUAAGGAAACGGAGAAAGUGACGUCAGAAGAUGGCGCCAAACUUCCCUCGCGAGGCACCGGCACCGCGCAAGAGUCGAUACUGGAUCGUGUGAGGCGCGAGGCGCUAGAGAUGCACAACAUCUACAGAGCGAGGCACGGCGUACCGCCUCUCGUCCUGAACAACACCCUCAACAAGUACUCGCAAAAGUGGGCGGAAAAGAUGGCCUCCAUGCGGAAACUAGAGCACAGCCCUCAAAAGAACAGGCCCAACUACGGAGAAAAUAUUUACUACUCAGGCUCAACACAUUUCAACGUAAGCGAUGUCAAAGGUGAAACCUCUAUCUCGGCAUUCUAUGAUGAAAUUAAAGACUACGAUUACGAUAACCCCGGGCAACGGAAAAAGAACGGCGGACAAAUAGGUCAUUUCACCCAAGUCGUCUGGAAGGAUUCUAAAGAGUUAGGCGUUGGCAUGGCAACCGCCAAAAAGGGAAACAUGGGCUAUGUCUACAUCUGCUGCAAUUACAGUCCGCCAGGCAACUGGGUCGGGCGUUACGAGCAACAUGUCUUACCACCGAUUUCAGAUGUACCAGAAACGCCAAAGUUCGGCAGCGAAGACGGCAGCAGGGACGCGCCGGGCGAAACGAACAAUCGACCGGCGGAUGGAAAGCCGACGGUCGGCGAGUCACCGCUACCAAACGGCAAGGAGACGCCUCUUGAGCGUGUCAGGCGGGAGCUGCUCCAGGGGCACAACGCGAUCAGAGCCCGGCACAACUUGCCACCCCUCACGCUAAACGGCAAGCUCGCUAAGCAGGCCCAGCAGUGGGCGACCAAGAUGGCCAACACGAAGAAAUUCGAGCCGAGUCCUAUGAGUAAAAAGGCCGGAUAUGGAGAGAACAUUUUCACGGCUGGGUCCUCCAAUUUCAAGAUGUCCAAUGUCAAAGGCGCAGAAGUAGCCGCAUUUUUCUGUGAUGAAAUUAAGCAAGACGCUAACAUGGGCCGUUUCGCUAACUCGUGGAAUACCAUUAACACCUGCACGACAGAGCUGGCGUGGAAAACCUCCCAACAACUCGGCGUUGGCAUGGCAACCACGAAACAAGGGAAGAUGGAGUAUGUCUACAUCUGCUGCGAUUACAGUUGACCCUGGAGACAAUGUUCAUUCUUGUCUUGCAAGGAGAUUGAGAACUUUUGUUUAUGGGGGAAAACGUUUUGUGGUGAAACAGUUUCCAAGCAAUAUUGUCUUUAAUAUUAAAAUAUGAUUCUGUAGGCCUACAUGUGGUUUUGUUUAUCACAACCAAAGAUUGAUAUUUGCGUUUUUAAUGUUGUUUUCUGAUUACUUUCUGAAAAGUCAAAGAUUCUGCAAUAAAUAUUCUGCCUGUUUUUAGGCGCAAAUAAUUCUGACAUCGACCUCGUCCACAUGGCGUCGAGCAGUACGCGCCCACUUGCUACUUUCACUCUACAAUUCUCGAGGGGUUGAAAGAAGACCUGGGAAUGAGGUUGAAUUCGACAUGUACGCAAAAUCAUAAUGUUCCUUCAAUUAGUGUGGUCAAUCACGGACCAUUUACACACCGUUUUAGACCGAAAUGAACGUUUUGCAAGGAAGAGAAUAUUUAAGAAAAUUUGCAUUUUUAAUUUUUUUUUUAUUGUACCUUAAAAAGGUAAUAUAUCGAAAACUGGAAUUCUAAGAUCACUGGGAGUGGUUGAUAUUAUAACUGAAAUAAAUGAGGCAAAUCUUUUGAAAAUGACGAUUGAAUUGUAUAAUUAUUACCAUUUAUUAUCUACAUCUGAAGCUUGAUACACGAUAUAAAAAAAAAUGAAGAAAACAAUUUGCACAGGUU